AUGUAUAAAAUCAGAUGCGACGACACUCAGUUAAUAGGCGCCACGGUUACUGUCAUCGUCACCACCGUUCUUGCUGCUCCAGCUUUCUCAACCAACCACUGGGGACCCCGAGAGUCUCCGGAUGAGACUCCCAACCUCCAGGGAACCCAUACCGCAGAGGCGGCUAGGAAAGCAGGGGGUGGCCACCUGCGCUGGGAACCUCACUGCCAGCAGCCCCUGACCAGCAGAGCUCCCGUCACUGCACUGCUGCCUCCACGCCUCGAGGGACCCUGGAUCUCCACUGGCUGCGAGGUGCGACCUGGGCCCGAGUUCCUCACCCGUUCCUACACCUUCUUCCCCAGCCGCCUCUUCCGAGCCUACCAGUUCUACUACAAGGACCCCCUCUGCCAGGAGCCUGCCCACUCCCUGGUCAUCAAGGGCAAGGUCCGCCUACGCCGGGCCUCCUGGGUCACCCGUGGCGCCACUGAGGCCGACUACCGCUUGCACAAGGUGGGAAUCGUCUUCCACAGCCGCCACGCCCUGCUGGACAUCACCAGGCGCCUCAACCGGACCCAGGCCAGCCAUGACUGUGCACAGCAGCUGCCCCCUGCCCAGGCCUGGGUGUCAGGGGCACUGUACGAGCUGCUGAGCGCCCGGGCCGAGCGGGACUGCACGGCCGCCCUGGGCUUCACCAUGCACGAGCUCAGCCUGGUCCGAGUGCAGCGCCGCCUGCAGCCGCAGCCCCGGGCCAGGCCGCAGCUGGUGGAGGAGCUGUACCUGGGGGACAUCCACACCAACUGGGCAGAGAGGUGGCACUACCGGCCCACCGGCUACCAGCGCCCGCUGCAGAGCGCCCUGCACCAUGCUCACCCCUGCCCGGCCUGCAGCCUCAUUGCCCGCUCCGACGAGCACCAUCCUCCCGUGCUGCCUGCCCCGGUGGCCCUGCCCCUGCCCCUGGGCGGCCAGUGGGUCAGCCCCGGGUGCGAGGUGCGCCCCGCCGUGCUCUUCCUCACCAGGCUCUUCACCUUCCACGGGCACAACCGCUCCUGGGAAGGGCACUACCAUCACUUCUCAGACCCCGCCUGCCGGCAGCCCACCUUCACUGUCUACGCGGCCGGCCGCUACACCAGGGGCACGCCAUCCGCCAAGGUCCUCGGUGGUACCGAGCUGGUGUUCCAGGUCACAGAAGCUCGUGUGACCCCCAUGGACCAGGUCACCACGGCCAUGCUCAAUGCCUCAGAGCCGAGCAGCUGCGGGGGUCCAGGGGCCUGGUCCCUGGGAUCGGAACGGGAUGUCACAGCCACCAAUGGGUGCCUGCCUCUGGGCAUCAGGCUCCCGCAUGUGGAAUAUGAGCUUUUCAAGGCGGAGCAAGACCCCCUCGGGCAAAGCCUGCUCUUCAUCGGACAAAGGCCCACUGACGGUUCCAGUCCGGACACCCCCGAGAAGCGCCCCACAUCUUACCAAGCGCCCCUGGUGCUCUGUAACGGGGCGGCCCGGGACUUCUCCCAGCCCCCCCAGCAUGGGCCUCUGCUGCAGAAGCCCCUCAACAGUGGGGGGUGCUGUCUUCCAGUGGCCCCUCUCCCCUUUCUGCUCCUAAUUCUUGGGCUGGCCUUCCUCCAGCGGCUAUGA